AUGCCGCUCGAUUACAGUAAAUGGGACGCACUGGAGCUCAGCGACGACUCGGACAUCGAGGUGCACCCCAACGUCGACAAGCGGUCUUUCAUCCGUGCCAAGCAGAACCAGAUCCACAUGGAGCGGGCGCAACGCAAGCAGCAGAUAGAGACGCUCAAGUACGAACGCAUCGUCAACGACGGCCUCCUGAAGCGCAUCAGCGCCCUGCUGGCGUCGCUCCGGGCGCACGCGGCCGACGCGGCCAGCGGCGCCAAGAACCCCGCCGAGGUGGCGUUCCAGGCCGUCAUGGAGUCGGCGCAGGGCACUAGGGCCGAGGACGACCGUCCCCCGAAGCGGCCAGAGGGCGUCCACGGCAGCGAGGAGGAGCUGCCGACGUACACAAAGAUGAUGGCGACGCUGCUGGACCAGGUCAACAAGGCCAUGGAGGAGAAGAAGGUCACGCAGGAGGAGAGGUACGGCGCCAUGACGGCCGAGAUCGAGGAGCACCUCAAAAAGGUGCAGGAUCUGCAGAGGGACCUGGAGAAGAAGCUGGCGGAGCUCGAGAAGGAGGAGAAGAGCAAGAUCACCAGCGAGAGCAUCCACACGGGGUUCGACACGUCGCACGUCAACAAGGCCAAGGCCGCCGAUACCUCCAAGGCCUCUUCGAGCAGCCAGCCGGAGCUGCUGAAUCCAAACUUCAACAAGUUGAACGCCGGCAAGGAAAACACGGCCCCGGGCGGCGGAUCUCUGGAGGAAGACGACGACGAGAUGGAGGCGUCCCCCGCGGCGAGGGAGUUUGCCAAGAUCAAGCAGGGCGACUACCUCGCCUCGCAACAGUUCCUGACGUCACACCCGCAACUUUUGGCAUCUGAGAAAGAGACGGAUGGGCUUCUGGUCCUUGCAUUCGACGCUCAGCUGCAGAACCACGACGAGGAGGCCAGGAGGUACGUGCACCAGGCACUGCUGCUGCAGUACUGCCGCGCCCUGGGCCGGGACGGAGUGCAGCUCUUCUUCAAGCGGGUGACGACAAAGGGUCACCAGGCGCAGGACAUAUUCUUCAAGGACGUUCAGGAGACGUACGGCAAGAUCAAGAACCGCGCUGCUGAGAUCAACGCGCAGAGGGCUAGGGACGCGGCUGAGGGCAAGCCUGACGGUGUCGAACAGAUUCAGCUGCAAGCCGUCGAGCCCGGCACUGUCAUCAACAUUCGCGUGCCGGAGAAGGACAGCUCUGACCCGGAGGAGCAGGCAGCCAGGGCCAUCUUUGACGGCUUCAGUCCCGAGAUGAAGGCCGCGCUAGAGACGGGGAGUCUAGAGAAGGUCAACAAGGUGCUGGGUGAGAUGGAUGUGGCCGAGGCUGAGGAGCUGGUGGGCAAGUUCUCUGAGGCUGGUGUGCUCAGCGUCGAGGAGCAGAUCAUUGAUACUACGACAGAGGAGGGCAAGGCGCAACUCAAGGAGAUUGAGAGGAAAGGUGCCGAGUCGCAGUUUGCAGAUGACCCGGAGUAG